GGAAGUAUACAUUGUUGAUUCGUUCAGCUGUCACUUCCUCAACACAAGCUAAAGAGACACAGUGAUGGAGUGUGCAGUCAGCAUUUCAAACCAGAGGACUAAGAGAAAAAGGGAUUCAAAGAUACUGCCAGUAGUGGAAAAGAAGAUGAGAGAAGAGGACAAUGGAACAUUGGAAUCCUGUUAUGAGUUUGAGUCACAGUCUGUGCAGCCUAUUCCUCAUGACCACAUCAAAAGACAUGCAGAGAAUUUUGGUGAACAUAGUUGGGCUAAAAACAGCUCCACAUCUCCACUGCACCCUGAUCCUGGACAUACCUCAGCAGACCCUGAACCAUUUACUCCUGAAUUGGUUGAAAACUGUGCUAAGGAUAGGAGCACGGAUGAAUACAGGUUUCUCUGUCCUCAUGCUGGUCAGUUUAUGUGCAAACUGACCAACCUUGUGUUUGAGAUGGAAGGGAAAGGGGAAGUGCUGUACAGAAUAGUGUCCUGGGACAGCAGUCUCUUGGAUGAAUUAGGCCAGAAGCCUGCAGGGCCUCUGUACAAUAUUGACUGCCCUGAAGGUUCAAUCUGUCACCUGCACCUUCCACACUGUGAGACCCGCACAGAUGUGGUGGAACUGACUGUGGCACAUGUGACUGGUGCAAAUGUGGAGAUCAUUCAGCCGCUAAAAGUAGCAAAGACACAUGUGAUCAUACACAUUCAAGGUCUCUCCCUGUUUGGUCUCACAUUAAGUUGGUCUCUUAACAUCAGAGCCCAAGUUCUACUGUUCUAUGAAAAAAGGAUGAGUAAACUAUAUAUCCAUCUGCUGCCAGAGAAUGUCCCAGUUACAGAGGUGCAGAAAAUACAUGAGGGCAACACAUACAUUAUGACAAGCUCCAAAUGUAAGCUGACCCCUGGUAAAAAGUACAGACCGUGCUGUAAAACUACUGACUGUGAUUAUGUAUCCCAACCAGAGGAUGAGACGUUUGAUCGUGACCAUGGCCCCAACUAUCACCCUACAUUUGAGGUGUUUUUUGAUCCUGCGGUUAAUAAAGUCACAUUAAGUCUUUUGGAUGAAAAAGACCAGGUGGUGUGGAGGCCUCGUAUGGUCCUGCUUACAGGUCCAGAGAGAGCCUCACCCGGAAUGGAUACAACAGGUGCUGACUUUGUGGAUAAACACAGAGAAACGCUCAUUCGGAGAUUUUCUUCAGUAAUGGAGGUUGCAGACUGUCUAAAAGGCAAGCACAUGAUUACUGAUGAAAUGUACAGUAACAUUCAGACAAAGUCAACACCUCAGGAUAAAAUGAGAGAACUGUACACAUGUCUCGACUCAAGGGGAAGAGCUGUGAAACAAGAAUUCUAUGACAUACUUGAAAGGAACCACAGUGUGUUAGUAGAUGAUUUGAUGUCUGUAUCCGGUCAGGCUUAGUGAACAAUUAAUGGACUAAAUCUCACACUCUGAGUAAAUCACACACAUAGUAAAGAUCCAUGUAGCUGUUAAUACACGCACACACUUCUAACAACAUGUGUUUUCAUUUCUGUCUUUGUGUAGCAGAAAUAAUAAUACAUAAAUAUUUCAUUAUGAUUAUAAUUUUCAGUUAUGCUAUUAUGAAUAUGUUAUAUAAAAGUAAAUCUUCCAAUCUUAUUUUGAAAUAAUUUCCAUAUCUUAGCGAUACAAAAAGGCUUACAUUUGUGAUUAUUGUGAUUAUCAUGUGAUUAUUAUGUAAUUAUUCUAGUAUUUUUCCUUGAUGAAGUACUUCAUAUGGACAUUUAAUUAUUGUAGACUUAAUUAUUGUUGAUUUAAUCAUUGUACGUUGUAUACUUUAAUUGCGUUAUCUGAAUUUUUAGAGCAGAGGUGUCAAACUCAUUUUAGUUUCAACAAAUCUCUUUUAUUGAUCAAUAACUCCUCUUAAACGUGUUCAUUGGCAUUUAUCUGAAAGGUAUAUUCUUAAUGCAUAAACGGAUUGUAGGUUUCACCAAAACAUUCAAAUGUUUUAAGCUAGUAUGUAUGUAUGCAUCUCGUUUCAUUGCCUUUGCUUUAAAUUAUUAUAUUGAGAGUCUGAAAAGGGCUCUGUCAAAUUUCUUCACUAUAAGUGUGCUAUGCUAUGUUCCCAUGUUCCUCGCCUAUUUAACAGCACUGUUAUGCUAAAUAUGUGUUUCAUUUAUGGUUAAGACAUUGGCCUUCUGAUCGGAAGGUUGAGAGUUCAAAUCCCAGCACCACCAAGCUGCCACUGCUGGGCCCUUGAGCAGGGCCCUUGAGCAAGGCCCUUAACCCUCAACUGCUCAGUUGUGUAAAUGAGAUAAUUGUAAGUCGCUCUGGAUAAGGGCGUCUGCCAAAUGCUGUAAAUGUAAUAUGGUAAUUUGAAAAAAUGUCAUUUAUUUUAAAUUAAUUUUAUUAAUUUUAAAUUCUAAUAUUUGAGAGAAAGCUUUUCAGACAAUUUCUAGAAUUUACUGUUGAUUCUACUGUAAAAUUGUGAUCUUAAAAGAACUAGAUUCUUAAAAUAAAGAAUGUUCAUUUGAUGCA